AUGCGUCGAUCCUUAAUAUUUUCAUCGUUACAUUCGACGCAGCCGCGCCCAUGUAAACAAAAAUGCAGAAACUUCGGAUUGUGUCCGAAAGCUAUGUGUACUCUAAGUACCAUCUCAAGAUCUUACAAUGAUUGCACAAAAUGUUAUCGUACGUCAAUCUAUGGUUCGAAAAGUGUCACCAAACGAUUUAUCGAUCAUGCCAAUCGAUGCUCACCGUUAUUAUCCCAAUCUAUUCCUCAUCACAGAAAUCUUGAAGAAUUACAAGCCACUUUGGACAAUAUCGUUAUCAAGAAAAAAGCUCACAUUACGGCGAAAGAACAAAAUGAAAUCAAACAUUUGUAUGCUAAAUGGAUAUGUGAAGAUUUCCGUCCUUUCACGAUCGUCGAGGAUAAUGGAUUCCAACAACUAGCACAAACAUUCAUUCGAUUAGGUUCUCAAUAUGGUUGCAUCGAUGUGAAAGAAGUGGUGCGAAGUAGACAAUCUGUUGCUCGAACAGUUGAUGAUUUAGCACAAAAACAUCGAACUAUUCUGAAGAGUGAACUUCGUGAACCACUGAAAGCACAAGCGAUAACGAUAGCACCGGAUUUUUGGACUAGCAAAUACAAUCAACAAGCUUUUCUCGGUCUCAAUAUUACAUACGUAACUGCUGAUCAUAAAUUCAAAUCGGUGAAUUUAUUUUGUAUUCCAUUUAAUGGGAAAAAAUCUUAUGAUCUGAUUCGAGAAACCUUGUGUCGUCAUCUGCUGGAGUACGGUGUAAUCGAUCUGUCAGAUGUCAAUAUCGUAUCUGAUAGGGGUUCGAACUUCGUGAAAGCAUUUGCUAUAUAUAACGCAAUCUAUUGUUUCGGACAUCGAUUAAAACAAAAUUCUUAA